GCGUGAUAGGUUGGAAGAUCAAUCCACAUUUUAAUGGCGAUUAGCAUGAUCAAUACGUGGUAAUUGGUUGGGGUACGUACAACGAGGCAGAGGACAUUGCAUUGUGUUGCAUUGUAUGAUAGGGGUAUAUGUGGUAGUUCAUAUGGGUGCUUAUUUUGUUGCUAUAUCGCCAUACAUUCUUGCCCCCUCUCAUGUUUUUUUCUGGGUCCGCCCCUGCUACUUCUAGUGUUCUUUGUACUACCUUAACAGUUGAUGAAUAGAUCGAAAUUUUUCUAAAAAAAAUAUGGUGAUGCAAAUAUGCAUCACAUGCAGCGAUUUUUUGGUAGUAGAACCUAUUUUUUUUUUCUUUACAUGUAGCUAUAAGACUACCGUUGGAGAAACGUUUUUUCGCUCCAGAAAAUCCAAAAAAGGCAGUUGUUUUUAACACGGCGUUUUUAGGGUUCCGUUGGAAAUGCUCACACGUCCAACACCACAGAUGAAUACACACACCGAACCGAUCGCGCCACGCGUCCUGGAGUCAAUCCCGUGGCACCGGUUGUCCCUUGUAGUACUGUAGUAGGAGUAACGAUUACUGUCCGUGAUAGAGUAGUGUCAGUAGCACAAGCAAGCAGUAGUACUGUACUCACCCAGCUCACUCACUCACACUCGCGUCCCCUGCCUGCUUUCUCCCCCGGCGAUGGCUCGCACGAAGCACGCGGUGGCGGCGGCGACGGCGCAGAAGCGGCUCCGCUUCGAGCUCUCCCCUCCAUUGAGGCCGCCGCAGGCGCAGCCAGAGAGGAGGGAGAAGAGACCGUACCGGUUCCGGCCAGGGACGGUGGUGCUGCGCGAGAUCAGGAGGUACCAGAAAUCCACCGCGCUGCUCAUCCCCCUCGCGCGCUUCGUCCGCCUGGUUAGGGAGAUCACCCAGGACCUCAGUAAGCCGGGAGAGUUUUUACGCUGGACUCCUCAGGCGCUCGUCGCGCUGCAAGAGGCUGCAGAAUAUGAAAUGGUCGACCAAUUAGAAAGGGCAAAUCUCUGUGCCAUCCACGCGAAACGUGUUACCAUCAUGCAGAAGGACAUGCAGCUCCUGAGGCGUCUCGGGGGGAGAAGGCCUUGGUGAUACAUAGGGAGCAAGACUCUGGUGGUACUAAUUAGGACAUUGACAGUAGUGUUUUAAUAUAUGUCUGUGAGUUUAUCGUUAGAAAGUAAUGUAGGUAUAUUUUCUGUUAACAUGUGUACAUAUGUAGUGUAUGCGUGCGUGAUCGCGCACGCAUGUUCCACGUCUUACGGUCGUGGCCUAGCUAGUGCCCGUAGUGGCUCUCACAUGAUUUUGUCAUCGGUUGUGCUCUUAUAAAUCUAUAUAUAUAGCUGCACACGUCCAGUGAUAAAGUGAGUUGAGUCCAAUCCCUCUAUUACAUUUUCAUCUAGUUUGCUCGUCUUUGAAGUAGAUCUGUUUCUUUGCAUGUUUUGGUCUCGUCUGACCUCUCAGCCUUUGCUGCAUUUGAA